ACUUUAGUUACACCGAGAGUCGUCGUCGCGAUCGUUUCAAUUUUCAACAAGACUUAAGAAGUAACAUUUUUUUCUCUUUUUUUACCUUUCGUCUUCUUUAAUUUUUUUUUUAUUUUUCUCGAUCGAUAGUUUUUUUUGAUAAAAUUUCGGGCGAACUUAUAAAAGCUUUUAAAAAAAUUCUAUGAUCCUUCGUGUUUGAUAAGAAUUCUUUGAGAAUUCCAAGUGAAACUUUUAAGUGAAAAAAGUGGAUAUAAAAAUCCAACAAGAUCAAAAUAGUUUUUAGGUGAUUUUGGUUAAACAAACAAAGUUUACCAAAUUUUAAAUUUAAGGAAACACACUAAAAUUAAAAACACACAAAAUGCAUGGCCAAAGGAAUAAAUUGUGUACAAAAUUAUCCAGCACAUUUUUACGAAAAUGGUGGAUAACAAUAGCAUUUGCAGUAUGCCUAAUAAUUCUUGGUAUUCUAGUCGCCUGUGGUUUUUCCGCACUCAUCAGACACAUAAUCGACCACCAGGUGGCAUUGCGGCAAGGUGGUCAAACUUACGGUUGGUGGUCGAAACCACCAGUUGAACCUAAAAUGUCAGUUUAUGUCUAUAAUGUCACAAAUGCCGACGAAUUCCUUAAUAAUGGUUCAAAGCCAGUUCUAGAUGAAUUAGGUCCAUAUGUAUACACCCAAACAUGGGAAAAAGUCAACAUCAUACAAAAUCGCAACGGAACUCUUAGUUAUAAUUUAAAAAAGGUCUACAUCUUCCGUGAGGAUUUAUCAGUUGGAUCUGAAGAUGAUGUUGUUAUUGUGCCAAAUAUUCCCAUGUUAAGUGCAACAUCACAAAGUAAACAUGCAGCAAGAUUCUUGCGAUUAGCUAUGGCAAGUAUUAUGGACAUUUUAAAAAUCAAACCAUUUGUUGAAGUUUCUGUUGGACAAUUAUUAUGGGGUUAUGAAGAUCCAUUGUUAAAAUUGGCUAAAGAUGUUGUACCAAAGGAACAAAAAUUGCCAUAUGAAGAAUUUGGUUUGAUGUAUGGAAAAAAUAGUACAUCACCUGAUCGUAUCACAAUUUUCACUGGUGUCAAGGAUAUCACAAAAUUCGGUAUUAUUGACAAAUACAAUGGCCACUCAUAUCUCCCUCAUUGGGUUGGUGAUGACUGCAAUCGACUGAACGGAACUGACGGAUCCAUUUUCCCACCUCAUCUAACACACAAUCGAACAUUGCACAUCUACGACAAGGAUCUGUGUCGUCUUUUGCCUUUGGUAUUCCAAAAGGAGGUCAUAACUAAGGGUGGUGUCAAGGGAUACCGUUUCACUCCGCCAGAGACUGUUUUCGCCGAUGUCGAAACUCAUCCCGAAAAUAUGUGCUUCUGCCCAGCUGGUGAGGGUUCGUGUGCUCCAAAUGGAUUGUUCAAUGUUUCUUUGUGUCAAUAUGAUUCACCAAUCAUGCUAAGUUUCCCACAUUUCUACCUCGCUGACGAUAGCUUACGAACAGCUGUUGAAGGUAUUUCCCCACCAGAAAAGGAGAAACAUCAACUUUUCCUUGAUGUUCAACCAGACAUGGGAACAACACUCCGUGCACGUGCUAGAAUCCAAAUUAACUUGGCUGUUAGCCAAGUGGUUGAUAUUAAGCAAGUGGCCAACUUCCCCGACAUUAUUUUCCCAAUUAUGUGGUUCGAAGAUGGAGUCGACCAUCUUCCCGAUGAGAUAACAGACUUAAUGAAUUUCGCAUCAACUGUCCCGCCAAUGGCUAAGCAGGUCCUUAUGAUUGCAUUCUUCCUGCUUGGUGCUGUACUCCUUGUUAUGGCAGUAUUUUGUUUGAUUCGUGGCUCAAAUAGACAGAGUACAUUGCAUUUGGAAGGUUCAAAUUACCUCGCAACGGCGCAAGUGGAUUUGGCCAAAAAGAAAGCCAAAGAAAACAAACAAUAGGCAAAAAUAAAAUAUCCUUUUAAGGAUAUUAUAAAAAUAAGCUUAAUACUCCUUUUUUUAUAAUUCUUUUUUUUUCUCAACUUUCUCAGAACAGGAAAUAAGAUGCAAUAAAAAUGCUUUAAGUUUCAGUGUGGCUUCACAAAAAAAAUUUUUUUAAAACAACGAAAAAUUUGUGAUAUUCAUUGAUUUACUAGUUCGCCACCUGGAUUAUGGAUUUCUUGUAUCAAAUAAACUAUAUUAUCUCAAAUAAAAUAUAACAAAAAAAAAAAAAAAUCAUCACAAGGAAGAACUUUUAGUGCUUCCAAAAAAUCCGUCCAAUUUUUGAAACGGUUAACUCAAUCCCUUCCAAUACCUCAUGAGUCUCAAAACAAAUUAAAUUU